GCCAGUAGGCACAAAUAUCAGCACCUACUGUCAAUCACAUACUUUGCUCUCUCUUACAAGUCUUUUGACUCUCAGUACAGCAACAGGAUGAAGUGCGCUGCUCUCUUUCUUGUGUUAUCAGUGGUCGUCCUCAUGGCUGAACCUGGAGAGGGGAUUCUUCCCCACAUUAACAAUGAAGCCGACAUGAAUCCAGAACCUGCAAACAUAAGAGUGGUUCGGUCUUCCAGUGCUAAAAGCAACCUGGAGUGGAAGAACUGGAAUGGUGCAGUCCCCAAUGGAGCCGUUUCGAUCUGGAAUGGCGAAGAAAAACGAACUGACUAUGUCUGUACAUGUGGGUGUGAGUCUGGCUUCUAUUCCACCACAACAGGUGAUAACUGUCACUAUCCCUAUGGAGACAAAGAGUACACUUGCAAUGGAUUCAACAUCCUGGUAAACAGAGAUAACUUUGAAAAUCUUGAAUGGGAGGGGGGUUCUUAUGGUUCAGUACCAAAGAAUGCUGUCGAAACUUGUGGGAAGAUUUAUGUAGGGAAGAACAAGUAUGGCCUCGGGAAAGUUCAUCCUGUACACGAAGCCUUCUUUUUGCCAUGGCACGGCAAAGAGCACUGGUACAAGCAUUAUGAAGUCCUUACUGUUAAUGAUGAUGUAGUCAAACAGGAGCUCACUCAAGUCAAGUAUAACUUGGAUGCAGCUAAUCCCAUCAAGAAUCCUCCAGAAACCCUGCGCAAGUCAUCUGCUUCAAAUAGUCAGUGCCAUCCAAUUAAGAAAACAGUCACACUAGAGAAAGCAAUUCAGACAGAGCAAAGAUGGGAUGUCACCAGUACCACCACAUUCGGUGUCACAUCUUCUGUCACUGCAGGAAUCCCCGAUAUUGUCUCUGCAACAGUUUCCAUCAGUGCUGAGAUAUCAAUGUCUGUCUCUCUGGGAUCCACUAUGACUGAAACAACCACCCACUCUGUGUCUGUUGAAGUCACCGUCCCACCAAACCACUAUUGCUCCGUCAUUAUGGUGGCUACUAAGUAUCGUGCUGACAUUCCUUUCACAGGAAAAUUGACCCGCACGUACCGCAAUGGGCAGAAACGAACAACAACAAUCACUGGGACCUACAGGGCGGUCCAGGUUGGAGAAAUCCGAGCUGAUGUGGAACGUUGUUCAGAAAUAGCUGGAGCUCAACCAUGCUAAUUUGACUAUUAAAAUAAUGAGAUGUUUAACCUAUGUAGCAUGUCUGCAUAUGAAAUUAACAUGUAACAAAACAGUCACUAACAUGUCGAAAUAAUGACUUGUACAUGUUAAACUCACACAAUAAAUUCAUGGAGCAUA